UGUGGGAGCCCCUGCUCUAUAAGUAAACACUGCGCGCCGCCCAGACUUGGCUCCUCCGCGUCGUUGGAAAAUGGAUAUACCUUAUUUGACUACGAUGUUGGGCUGAAUGAUAUAAUUCAGUUACUAGUUCGUCCAGAUCCUGAUCUUCCUAGCACAUCUAAACAGACUGAUGUACAGACCAAACCCUUUUCUAAUAGUCCACCUAAAGUAAAGAAAACCGCAAGGGUGGGGUCUACAAGUCAGCCGUCUACAUCAGCUCGUGCUUGCCUCAUUGAUCCUGGCUUUGGACUUUAUAAGGUAAAUGAAUUGGUGGAUGCCAGAGAUGUCGGCCUUGGUGCUUGGUUUGAAGCACAUAUACAUAGUGUUACUAGAGCUUCUGAUGGACAUUCACGUGGCAAAACUCCACUGAAGAAUGGCAGUUCUUAUAAAAGGACUAAUGGAAAUGUAAAUCAUAAUUCCAAAGAGAACACACAUAAAUUGGACAGUGCCCCCUCUACGUCUAAUUCAGACUGUGUUGCUGCUGAUGAAGACGUUAUUUAUCAUAUCGAGUAUGAUGAAUACCCGGAAAGUGGUACUCUAGAAAUGAAUGUCAAGGAUCUUCGACCACGUGCUAGAACCACUUUGAAAUGGAAUGAACUCAAUGUUGGUGAUGUGGUAAUGGUUAAUUACAAUGUAGAAAAUCCAGCAAAAAGAGGAUUUUGGUAUGAUGCAGAAGUUACCACAUUGAAGGCAAUCUCAAGGACUAAAAAAGAACUUCGUGUGAAAAUUUUCCUAGGAGGUUCAGAGGGAACAUUAAAUGACUGCAGGGUAAUAUUUGUAGAAGAAAUCUUCAAGAUUGAGAAGCCUGGAGCCCAUCCUCUUUCAUUUGCAGAUGGAAAGUUUUUAAGGAAGAAUGACCCUGAAUGUGACCUGUGUGGUGGAGACCCAGAUAAGAAAUGUCAUACGUGCUCUUGUCAUAAAUGUGGUGAGAAACGUGACCCCAACAUGCAGCUUCUUUGCGAUGAAUGUAAUAUGGCGUAUCAUAUCUACUGUUUGAAUCCACCCUUGGAUAAAAUCCCAGAAGAAGAAUACUGGUAUUGUCCUUGCUGUAAAACUGAUUCCAAUGAGGUUGUAAAGGCUGGUGAAAGACUCAAGAUGAGUAAAAAGAAAGCAAAGAUGCCUUCAGCUAGUACUGAAAGCCGGAGAGAUUGGGGCAGGGGCAUGGCUUGUGUUGGCCGUACAAAAGAAUGUACUAUUGUCCCUUCUAAUCAUUAUGGACCUAUUCCUGGUAUUCCUGUUGGAUCAACUUGGAGAUUUAGAGUUCAGGUGAGCGAAGCAGGUGUGCAUAGGCCCCAUGUCGGUGGAAUUCAUGGUCGCAGUAAUGAUGGGGCUUAUUCUCUUGUCCUGGCUGGUGGAUUUGCAGAUGAAGUAGACCGAGGUGAUGAAUUUACAUACACUGGAAGUGGUGGUAAAAAUCUUGCCGGUAAUAAAAGAAUUGGUGCACCAUCAGCUGAUCAAACAUUAACAAACAUGAACAGGGCAUUGGCCCUAAACUGUGAUGCUCCAUUGGAUGAUAAAAUUGGAGCAGAGUCUCGGAAUUGGAGAGCUGGUAAGCCAGUCAGAGUGAUACGCAGUUUUAAAGGGAGGAAGAUCAGCAAAUAUGCUCCUGAAGAAGGCAACAGAUAUGAUGGCAUUUAUAAGGUGGUGAAAUACUGGCCAGAAAUUUCAUCCAGUCAUGGAUUCUUGGUUUGGCGUUACCUUUUAAGAAGAGAUGAUGUUGAACCUGCACCUUGGACCUCAGAAGGAAUAGAGCGUUCAAGGAGAUUAUGUCUUCGUUUACAGUAUCCAGCAGGUUACCCUUCAGAUAAGGAAGGGAAGAAGACUAAAGGACAGGCAAAGAAGCAGGCUGCUGAAGCUACAAAAAGGCCAACUUCAGAUGAUGAAUGUCCAAGUGCCUCCAAAGUGAUCAAAGCGUCAGACUCUGCAGAAGCAGUUGAGGCUUUCCAACUUACCCCUCAGCAACAGCGCCUAAUCAGAGAAGACUGUCAGAACCAGAAACUAUGGGAUGAAGUGCUUGCAUCUCUUGUGGAAGGACCAAGUUUCCUGAAAAAAUUGGAACAAUCUUUCAUGUGUGUCUGCUGUCAGGAGCUAGUUUAUCAACCUGUGACGACGGAGUGCUUCCACAAUGUCUGUAAAGAUUGCUUACAGCGCUCUUUUAAGGCCCAAGUUUUUUCCUGCCCUGCUUGCCGGCAUGAUCUUGGCCAGAAUUACGUCAUGAUUCCCAAUGAGAUUCUACAGACUCUACUUGACCUUUUCUUCCCUGGCUACAGCAAAGGACGAUGAGAUCUGUAUGCUUCUGUGUUGCUCCUGGUGGCUUAUUGGACAAUAACGAAUCUAAAAUGGGUUGGGAGGGUGGAAGCAACAGUGGACCAUAUCUCUCACAUUCUGAAGCAGCUACUCCUCUUUCCCACAUAGCCAUCAUCUUGUGUGUGUAGUAAGAGGCCCAUUUUUCAGCUGUCUUAACUAUGAAAAGGUAGUUCUGUCAGUAACAACUAGUUUAAUGAGUAAAAAGUCAAAGCCUCAGCUCUAAUUGAUAUUCCAGUUAUGAUUUAUUUUGCAACUACCUCAGGACAGAAACGAUUUAUGGGGAUUUUAAAAAUCAUUGAAUAAUUAGUUAAAUGAGAUUUUAGCUACACACUGCCUCCCAAAUAUUAGUUGUGCCUGGUUCUUGUAAUUUGAUUUUAUGAAAAAGGAGAUGACAAUUGAGAUUCUUGGAAUGAUUGCAGCUUCUGUAGUACGCAUAACUUUUUAAAAUGUCUCUUCCAUUACAGUAUGUUUUGCAAGGACAGGUUCAUUUUUUAAGCCUAUUUUGUGAGCUCCAUUGUGCUUUUCUUCUGGUGUUUUAUGCAAAUUGACUACUAAUGACUAAUGAAAACAAUAUGAAUGCAUUCUUACUGCAUUAGUGUAAUGUGGUGUGGUUUUGCAGUUAAAAGGGGUAUGCAGAUGCUUUCGUUGUAAAUGUUCACGAAAAGCCACUUCUGUAUUAGUCAAACUGCUUUUUAGUGAGUUUCACCAGUGAUUUUAUAUCUGCAGAGUAUUGAAGGAUGUUUGGACUUUUGAGAGGAUUGAAAUUGCUUCAUAUUGUGAUCCUAAAUUUUAUAUUCACUAUAUUCCUUAAAGUAUACCUUAAUAAAUAUUUUAUGAU